AUGGGUCGUCUUUGGCCACCUCCAGCGCCUCCAGAGAAGCCACUAGACGAUCCACUUCCAGAAUAUCCGCCUCCUGAACCUUCCGAGAAGCCACCUCCUGAGCCCCCAGAGAAGCCACCUCCUUUACCUCCAGAGAAGCCACCAGACGAACCACCUCCGGAAUAUCCGCUUCCUGAACCUCCAGAGAAUCCACCUGAGCCCCCUAUGAAGCCACCUCCUUUACCUCCAGAGGAGCCACCAGACGAACCACCUCCGGAAUAUCCGCCUCCUGAACCUCCAGAGAAGCCACCUCCUGAGCCCCCUAUGAAGCCACCUCCUUUACCUCCGGAGAAGCCUCCUGAUGAACCACCUCCGGAAUAUUCGCCUCCUGAACCUCCAGAGAAGCCACCUCCUGAGCCCCCUAUGAAGCCACCUCCUUUACCUCCGGAGAAGCCUCCUGACGAACCACCUCCAGAAUAUCCGCCUCCUGAACCUCCAGAGAAGCCACCUCCUGAGCCCCCUAUGAAGCCACCUCCUUUACCUCCGGAAAAGCCUCCUGAUGAACCACCUCCAGAAUAUCCGCCUCUUGAACCUCCAGAGAAGCCACCGGAGCCCCCAGAGAAGCUACCUCCUUUACCUCCAGAGAAUCCACGUGAGCCCCCUAUGAAGCCACCUCCUUUACCUCCAAAGGAGCCACCAGACGAACCACCUCCAGAAUAUCCGCCUCCUGAACCUCCAGAGAAGCCACCUCCUGAGCCCCCUAUGAAGCCACCUCCUUUACCUCCGGAGAAGCCUCCUGAUGAACCACCUCCGGAAUAUCCGCCUCCUGAACCUCCAGAGAAGCCACCUGAGCCCCCUAUGAAGCCACCUCCUUUACCUCCGGAGAAGCCUCCUGAUGAACCACCUCCAGAAUAUCCGCCUCCUGAACCUCCAGAGAAGCCACCUGAGCCCCCUAUGAAGCCACCUCCUUUACCUCCGGAGAAGCCUCCUGAUGAACCACCUCCAGAAUAUCCGCCUCUUGAACCUCCAGAGAAAGAAUCCACCUGA